AUGAUGCUCAAUAAAAAAGUUGUUGCUUUGUGCACACUUACCUUACAUCUUUUUUGUAUAUUUCUAUGUCUAGGAAAGGAAGUAAGGUCUGAAGAAAAUGGGAAAAUACAAGAUGAUGCUAAAAAGAUUGUUAGCGAAUUACGAUUCCUAGAAAAAGUAGAAGAUGUUAUUGAAAAGAGUAACAUAGGAGGGAAUGAGGUAGAUGCCGAUGAAAAUUCAUUUAAUCCGGAUACUGAGGUUCCCAUAGAAGAGAUAGAAGAAAUAAAAAUGAGGGAACUGAAAGAUGUAAAGGAAGAAAAAAAUAAAAAUGACAACCAUAAUAAUAAUAAUAAUAAUAUUAGUAGUAGUAGUAGUAGUAGUAGUAAUACUUUUGGUGAAGAAAAAGAAGAAGUAUCUAAGAAAAAAAAAAAGUUAAGACUUAUAGUUAGCGAGAAUCAUGCAACUACCCCCUCGUUUUUCCAAGAAUCCCUUUUAGAACCUGAUGUUUUAUCCUUUUUAGAAAGUAAAGGGAAUUUGUCCAACUUGAAAAAUAUCAAUUCUAUGAUUAUAGAACUAAAGGAAGAUACAACGGAUGAUGAAUUAAUAUCUUAUAUUAAAAUUCUUGAGGAGAAGGGAGCUUUGAUUGAAUCAGAUAAAUUAGUGAGUGCAGAUAAUAUUGAUAUAAGUGGUAUAAAAGAUGCUAUAAGAAGAGGUGAAGAAAAUAUUGAUGUUAAUGAUUAUAAAAGUAUGUUAGAAGUCGAAAAUGAUGCUGAAGAUUAUGAUAAAAUGUUUGGUAUGUUUAAUGAAUCACAUGCUGCAACAUCUAAAAGGAAACGCCAUUCAACAAAUGAGCGUGGAUAUGAUACAUUUUCAUCACCUUCAUAUAAGACAUAUUCAAAAAGUGAUUAUUUAUAUGAUGAUGAUAAUAAUAAUAAUAAUUAUUAUUAUAGUCAUAGUAGUAAUGGUCAUAAUAGUAGUAGUCGUAAUAGUAGUAGUAGUCGUAGUAGACCAGGUAAAUAUCAUUUCAAUGAUGAAUUUCGUAAUUUGCAAUGGGGUUUAGAUUUAUCCAGAUUAGAUGAAACACAAGAAUUAAUUAACGAACAUCAAGUGAUGAGUACUCGUAUAUGUGUUAUAGAUAGUGGUAUUGAUUAUAAUCAUCCCGAUUUAAAAGAUAAUAUUGAAUUAAAUUUAAAAGAAUUACAUGGAAGGAAAGGUUUUGAUGAUGAUAAUAAUGGUAUAGUUGAUGAUAUAUAUGGUGCUAAUUUUGUAAAUAAUUCAGGAAACCCGAUGGAUGAUAAUUAUCAUGGUACUCAUGUAUCAGGAAUUAUAUCUGCCAUAGGAAAUAAUAAUAUAGGUGUUGUAGGUGUUGAUGUAAAUUCAAAAUUAAUUAUUUGUAAAGCAUUAGAUGAACAUAAAUUAGGAAGAUUAGGAGAUAUGUUCAAAUGUUUAGAUUAUUGUAUAAGUAGAAAUGCACAUAUGAUAAAUGGAAGCUUUUCAUUUGAUGAAUAUAGUGGUAUUUUUAAUUCUUCUGUAGAAUAUUUACAAAGAAAAGGUAUCCUCUUUUUUGUAUCUGCAAGUAAUUGUAGUCAUCCUAAAUCGUCAACACCAGAUAUUAGAAAAUGUGAUUUAUCCAUAAAUGCAAAAUAUCCCCCUAUCUUAUCUACUGUUUAUGAUAAUGUUAUAUCUGUUGCUAAUUUAAAAAAAAAUGAUAAUAAUAAUCAUUAUUCAUUAUCCAUUAAUUCUUUUUAUAGCAAUAAAUAUUGUCAACUAGCUGCACCAGGAACUAAUAUAUAUUCUACUGCUCCACAUAAUUCAUAUCGAAAAUUAAAUGGUACAUCUAUGGCUGCUCCACAUGUAGCUGCAAUAGCAUCACUCAUAUUUUCUAUUAAUCCUGACUUAUCAUAUAAAAAAGUUAUACAAAUAUUAAAAGAUUCUAUUGUAUAUCUCCCUUCCUUAAAAAAUAUGGUUGCAUGGGCAGGAUAUGCAGAUAUAAAUAAGGCAGUCAAUUUAGCCAUAAAAUCAAAAAAAACAUAUAUCAAUUCUAAUAUAUCUAACAAGUGGAAAAAAAAAAGUAGAUAUUUGCAUUAA